CUCCUGUAACCAGCCCAUCGAUUCGCAGCCUGUGGGUUGGGUUAGUGCCUACGCAAAUUGUAAACAGGAAAUCGCCGCGGUUGUCUGCCUCUGCACUUUAACAACGCCAGCGGACUAUGGGAAAGAGCUGUAAGGUCGUGGUGUGCGGACUGGCCAGCGUCGGUAAAACCGCUGUGCUGGAACAUGUGCUGUACGCCAACCAUGUCGUCGGCUCCGAGCCCAUGGAGACUCUUGAAGAUAUUUACAUCGGGUCCAUUGAGACGGACCGCGGGGUCCGGGAGCAGGUGCGCUUCUACGACACCCGCGGGCUGAGGGAGGGCAUGGAGUUUCCUCGCCACUACUACACCUUUGCCGAUGGCUUUGUGCUGGUGUACAGCAUCGACAGCAAGGAGUCCUUCCGACGCGUGGAGGCCCUCAAGAAGGACAUUGACAGGCACAGGGACAAGAAGGAGGUGACUAUUGUGGUGCUGGGGAACAAGUGCGACCUGCAGGACCAGAGGAGAGUGGACAGCGAGGCCGCGCAGCAGUGGGCCAAGGCUGAGAAGGUGCGGCUCUGGGAGGUGUCGGUGGCGGACCGGCGCACCUUGAUCGAGCCCUUCGUCUACCUGGCCAGCAAGAUGACCCAGCCGCAGAGCAAGUCCACUUUCCCGCUGAGUCGCAACAAGAACAAGGGCAGUGGCUCCCUGGACAGCUGAGUGCAUGGACCCAGCAGGACCGGACUGAGAGCUUUCGGGAGAGGCCGGGGCGAGCGGGUCAGAACUCUAGAACCACAACACAAGAUAAGGAAGGUAAUUUCCAGGACACAGGACAUUGGAAAUGCUAAACUGAGUACAAGCAAUUGGCAAAACAAAACUAAAUUUUGUGUUUUACCCAAUUCCCUCCUGUUUAUUUUCUUGGUGAAUUAAUCUCUUAGUUUGUGAAUUGUGAAUGGGGUGGUGUGCAAAAGUGUUUAUCCCACUGUGGUGUCGGAACAGCAAGGGCUCCAAAGCAACACUUGACAGGAUUCUGGCAAAUCCUGUAUUACCUGUGUUAUUUAGAAAUCCACACAACCAUUUAUUUUCUUUAUCUGAAAGGAAACUAAAAAGCAUUUCCCUUUGCAGAUUAAGGACUGAAUAAUUUAAAACUGACUAGAAAGAGUGAGUUAUUUGUUUCCCUUAUUGCUAACAAUUAAGUUGCUUGUUUUAAGCUUUCUCUAACCACUCUGCUUGUUUCCCAAAGUGCCUGAUCCCUUUGUGUCCAUCAGGCAACAGUAGUUUGUGGUUAGGCUUCAUACGCCAGGCACCAUUCCAGAUUUCAAACCACUUUUUCCAUAGCCAUUGGCGCUUGGGGCUUUUUCAGUGUUGCUUCUUUCCUGUUCAGCUCAUUGCUGUUAAGAAGCAUUUUAAAUUAUACAUUAACGGACCCAAGUGUUGUAAAAUGUCCAUUUAUGUCAAAACAAUAAAUAGGAAAUUGUUACACAGGUUUGUUAAGCAGAUUUUGAAGUGUAGAUUUAUUUUUUUUUAUAAGUGUGACGUGUGAUUCUGCAUCUCAUCUUCUGUUUAAUCUUCUGUUGGGGUAUUUUUUAUUUAAAAGCAGAGAAGGGAGUGAUGGCUCAAUAGCAAUGUAGGAAUUACAUAGGAAUUCCUGAAAUUCUUUAUCCCAUUAAAAACGUUUUCCACCGUUUUCUCAUUUUACAUCUUUUAUGUCUUUAGAUAAACACUCUUUUUCUUUAAUAGAUUAUUUAAAACCACUUUCUAAUUUUGUAUAUUUUCUUUUUUUUGUCUAAGAAAACUGUUUCUGUCAGCUGCAACUGUUGCUCUCUCUGGACUGAAUGUGCUGAACCCUCUUGUAGUGCUGGGAAUAUGACUUGUCCCCUGGGCUCACUUUACUAAAAAAGGCAAUCAGGUAUUCACCCAGCGUACUACUUUUCAAAGAGAGAGGGAGAGAGCUUGAUCGAUGUUUGUGUUUUUCUUUUCUGGGAAAAUAUACCACAGACUCACGCAUUUCCAUUCACAAAGAUUAAUCAUACCACAUACAACUGCAAUUUAACUGCUGCAUGACAGUUACAAUAAAUCAGUGAAAUGUUAUUUAGAUCCCACAUAUGAGAAGUACAAAUUAAAUUAUUUUUUUCCAGUGCUUUUUGUUGUAUGCGCCUGUUUAAGAAGAGCCAGUUGUGGGUUUCUCGGCUCUCAGCUGCAAACUUAGCAAACGCACACAGGGGAUCCUGCAGGAGGGUCCUCUGAGAGGGGGUCAAGAAAGCCGACUAAUCACAUUAUCCCUUGGUAGAGCUUGGCUACUGACAUGCACUUAGAUGUGCUUGGGGAAUCCUGUUCACAGUCAGUUGGUGACAUGACCUGGGCUUAAAUCUGAGACACCUGGAUCAUAGAGGUCCACCUAUACUUGAGCAGUGCCCUCUACUGGUCUACUGGACAAGAUUGCUCACUCACUGGAGAGUCUUGGCUUUAAUACCACUAUCACUUAUUUUUUAUGAACGGCAGUUCAGUAUACAUCAGUAAACUUAGAAGAGGUAGACUUGACAAACAGCCAGUUUGAUAUAGCCAUCAUAGGUGUAGCUGAAGGGAUUACGACCCCAUUCCUGCAGGUACUGUAGGCAGUCCUGAGAGGUCAAUGAGCAGAGAUCUGGAAAGCCUGCUAACUCUUACUAGUUAAACAACCGAUGGGUCCAAUAAAGUUAUUCGGUGCCUGGCUGGUAGAGAACCAGAUGACAGCACUGUC